AUCACGGCGUCUAUGAUUACACGGUAGUUUCUUCUGCUUCUAGGAGGCCGCCUGGUCUGGCUCUGCUCCCUAUUUAAAUGGCUCCCGAUCGCCCUCUACCCCCAUGGGACAUGCCUCACUCCUCGGGUCCUGGCCAUAGCAGCGAUCAUGUUUUCCAACGCCAGUGACCUGGUGCCGAAGCCGCCGCCGUACGUCGUGGUGUUCGGGCCCCACGCCAACUGCACGCUCGACAUAUGCCCCGUGGAGCUUUCCGUGUACGGCUACCGGCCCUCGCUCGCCGCCAACACCACCUUCAUUGCCCUGUACGGGCUCUCCGCCGUGAUCCACACGUACCUCGGCAUCCGGUGGAAACAGUGGUGGUUCAUGGGCUGCAUGCUGCUUGCCGCCGCCAGCGCCAUCAUCGGCUACAUUGGCCGCGUGAUGAUGUACUACAACCCGUUCAACUUUAGCGCGUUCAUGUUGCAGAUCAGUCAGUUCUUGGCCACAUCACCACCAUACCUACCGAACUCAGGGACUCGGACUAACACACGCGAUCGAACCACCGCCCAGUCUGCGUCACCACCGUGCCAGUCUACUACUGCGCCGCCCUCUACGUCACCCUCGCGCUCGCGUGAGUCCUGGCGUUCCCCCGACCUUCCCCCCUUCCCGCAACGCUUUACCACCCACGCCAAGCGCUAACAUUCAGCCAAACACGCUCAGCGUCAAUCACUUCUCCCCGGCCCUCUCCCGCUUCAACCCCCGCCUGUUCUACUCCCUCUUCAUCCCCUGCGACCUCGUCUCGCUCGCCCUCCAGGCCGCCGGCGGCGGCCUGUCGACG